CGUAAAUGAGGAUCUCACAUGGAAAUAUAGUGCAGCAAGCACACGACCCAGUCGGCAUUUGGAGAGCCCGAGGACCAAGGACGACCCCACAAGUGCCACAAUUUGGAAUCCGGGGUGCAGGCGGUCUAUACCGCUUUGAGCCAGUAUGAGAUCCGCGCCUCUCGUGGAGUGGAAGUGGUGUUGAAAAGGAAGGGUGUUCCUGUUGUGGGGCGGCGAGAGAGACCGAGUUCCGAGUUUGUCGCCUGAUUCACACUGUUGAUUGAGAAUGGCACGUCUCUGGACACUCGCCGCUGCCGCGGCUUCGUUCUUCCAGCUUGCAAGGGGUCAAGAUGCGAAUCCGAACUGUACUGCUGUCGACUCGGACAAGACGUACGACUAUGUUAUUAUCGGCUCUGGCCCUGGUGGAAUGGUCACUGCGGAUCGGCUGAGCGAGGCAGGCCAUUCGGUUCUCCUCAUUGAGAAGGGCCCGCUUUCCAGCGGACGGUGGAAUGGGACUAUGAAGCCUACUUGGCUGGAGGGGACAAACCUGACGCGAUUCGACGUUCCGGGAUUGUUCAACCAGAUAUGGGCGGAUUCUUCGGGGGUGGCAUGCGAGGAUCUUGAUGUCAUGGCUGGUUGCGUUCUUGGUGGAGGCGCCGCAGUCAACUCCGCACUGUGGUGGAAGCCGCAUCCUCGAGACUGGGAUCUCAACUUCCCCGAAGGCUGGAAGAACAAGGACAUGCAGACGCACGUUGACAAAGUCUGGCAACGAAUUCCAGGCACUUAUAUUCCUUCGAGAGACGGCAAACUCUAUCUCCAACAAGGCUUCGAAACACUCUCCAAAGGCCUCGAAGCCGCGGGCUUCAAAUACGUGGUCCCCAACGACCACCCGGACCAGAAGAACCACACCUACGGACACAGCACCUUCUUCCUCGAGAACGCCGAGCGCCAUGGUCCCCUGGCCACGUAUCUCGUCUCGGCGGCAAAACGUGAGAAGUUCAGCCUGUGGACCAACACGAAUGCGAGGAGAUUGGUUAGGACUGGCGGACAUGUCACGGGUGUCGAGCUACAGUGCGCGAAGCAGGGCUCAAUCGGGCCGGGAUACUCUGGUGUUGUUAAGCUGACUCCCGGCACUGGGCGGGUUAUUGUGUCGGCGGGCACUAUGGGGUCGGCGAAGUUGCUUAUGCGAAGCGGAAUUGGUCCCGAGGACUCAUUGAAUAUCGUCAAGAAUUCCGAGAUCGACGGCCCCACGAUGAUCUCUUCCGAUCAAUGGAUCAAGCUGCCUGUUGGAUAUAACCUGAAUGACCAUGUUGGGACGGAUAUCCAAAUCGCGCACCCAGAUGUUGUUUUCUAUGAUUUCUACGGCGCAUGGGAUAAUCCCAUCCCCGCCGAUGUGGAUUCGUAUCUGAAGAAUCGAUCAGGCAUGCUCGCUCAAGUUGCCCCCAACCUAGGCCCCAUGUUCUGGCAAACCAUCGAAGGCUCCGACGGCAUCGUCCGGCACAUCCAAUGGCAAGCGCGUGUCGAAGGCCGAACGAACACCUCAAUGACAAUAACCCAAUACAUCGGCACAGGCACGACCUCGCGCGGCCGCAUGAACAUCCUCGGCAACCUCAACACGCGCGUGCAGACGCCGCCGUACCUGCGCGACGCAGGCGACAAGGAAGCCGUCAUCCAGGGCAUCGACUACAUCCGGGGCGUCUUCAGCAAGAUCCAGAAUCUGACGUGGAUUGCGCCGAGGGAGAACCAGACGACGAGCGCGUUUGUCAAUCUGAUUCCCGCAACGCCAGGCUCGCGCGGCUCCAACCACUGGACUGGAUCCUGCACGAUUGGCACCGACGACGGACGCGCGGGGGGCAAGGCGGUCGUGGACCUUGAUACCAAGGUGUAUGGGACGGACAACGUGUUUGUGGUGGAUGCUUCCAUCUUCCCGGGCAUGAUUACGGGGAAUCCUACGGCUGCGAUUAUUGCGGUGGCGGAGCGGGCGUCGGAGAGGAUUCUGGCGCUCAAGGCGGGGACUUCGUGAGAGGGUGGUGCGGAGCUUUGUCUGCUGGAAUGGAGGAGUGGAACGAAGUGAGAAGGUUCGAGUGCCAUGGGGUUAGCAUGUUAAGCC